AAUCAUCCACCGUACUCUUCUUCAAUAUAUAUGUGAAACACAUGUACGAACUCACAUAACAACUUUGGAGUCAACCAUGACAAUGAAAAGAAUUAUGAGAGAAGACGGAGAAAUUGAGAAACUAGCCAUGGCAGACUGCUUGAUGCUGCUCUCUCGAGCAGGCGAAAACAUCACCACAUCUGGUGGUGGCCGUGUCUUUGCUUGCAAGACGUGUAACCGGGAGUUCCACUCAUUCCAAGCCCUUGGAGGCCACCGAGCCAGUCACAAGAAACCUACUAGACUAAUGGUUCAGGUUCAACCACCUCCCAAGCCGAAGAAGCAUGAGUGCUCCGUAUGCGGGCUAGAGUUCGCAACCGGGCAAGCACUGGGGGGUCACACGAGGAGACAUCGGGCCGUUGAUGAUGAUGAUGAUGAUACUAGAAGAGAAUCGGUGGUGGAGGGAGUGGCAGCGCUGAUGCAGAAGUCGAGUAGUAGUAGUGGUGGUAGUGGUGAUAGUAAAAGAGUUUUGUGGUUGGAUUUGAAUUUGACGCCUUAUGAGAACCACAUGAAGGUUAAGAAGACUCCCUCCUGGUUCAUUGCUUGACACCUUCUUUUUUUUUUCAUGGAUCCGCCUGGCCUGUUGUUGGGAAAAUUUGUA